AUGGAAGUUUCAGCGACUGUUUUAAAUAACUUGUUUAAAUACGUUCUUUUACACGUGUGGAUCGCGAUUGUGCUCCUGCUCCUGCACAGAGAUCUGAGCAGUUGGGAUGGAUUGAUGGGACUGCUCUCCCGUCCAGGAUUGGGUGAAAAUGGAUCUGCCGCCUAUUUAAGUGUUCCAUCCUCGGAAAUCGAUGCGUAUACGCAGGGUUGGCGCUAUUACUCAUAUAACGCUUGGCUGGCUGAAAGAAUUCCACUACGGCGUUCCUUGCCAGACUUACGAGAUCCCCGCUGUGUGAAGCUGGAAUACGAUGAGGACUCUGAUGAGAUGAAGCCGGCCAGUAUUAUAUUGAUAUUCCGAAACGAACAGCUCGCAGUUUUGUUAAGAACAUUACACAGUUUGAUCGAGAGGACGCCAAGACACCUCUAUAUCGAGCUUAUUCUGGUGAACGAUCACAGCGAUAGGGACUUUUGGACAGAGAAAGUAUCGCUCUUCUGCUUCGACAACUAUGUGCACAGGUACAUUCAUCCAAAAGCUCGCAUUCUUCACCUGCCUGAACAGGUGGGCCUAAUCAAGGCUCGCGUUUUGGCCUCCCACGAAGCCACGGCCGAGAACUUGGUGUUCGUGGAUGCACAAGUGGAGUUCACAAAUGGCUGGUUACCUCCACUACUUGAUGCCAUUGUGCAGCAAAGUCUUACCCUGGCCACUCCCAUUUUGGACAGCCUGAACGAGCAGACUUUGGCCUACCAGCGAUCUAGGGAAAGGCGCGGGAUCUACGAUUGGAGCUUAACGCGUAGGGAAGUUCCUUUAUCUAGAGAAAGGAGGACCUUCCUGCCAAGGCCCUACGAAGUGGCUGCCGUAAGGACUUCCGUCUUUGCCAUUCGAGCGCUUUGGUUUCAGGACAUCUCGAGCUUCGAUAGAGAGCUCCGGGGGUUUGGAGCUGCUGAGCUGGAGCUGAGCCUCAAAGUGUGGUGUACUGGUGGUCGAAUUGUGCAAGUUCCCUGCUCCCGAGUUGGCCACUUGCAGCCCAAGGAUCAGGACUACCUGAAGCGAUAUGGGGAUCUGUAUAAAAUGGGCGACCAAGUAUCAAGGAACCUCAAACGCAUCAUAGAAGUGUGGGCAGGGGAUCUAAAGUCGGUCAUUUACAAAUACCAGCCUCAUCUCCUUAAUAAUAUAUCAGAGGGCGAUCUCAGUGAACCGCGAAAACUACAUCAGCAAUACGCAUGCCAGUCCUUUAAAGAGUAUAUAAAUGAUAUUACGCCAGGUCUCAACCACGUUACGCCCCUAAAUCGAACGUAUUAUGCCUCAGGACAUGCAAAAUCGCUUGAAUUCCCCAAAAAGUGUUUGACAAUUAAUGCGAAAAGUCAGCUUUUGUUUCUAGAACGCUGCAGUGCAAAUAAUACUCUCCAACACUGGACACUAACCUAUCUUAAGGAUCUACGUGUAGCUGGAAGUAUCUGCGCAGAAGUGCAGCCCAAUUUAAGGUUGGGAUACGGGUUUUGCCACAGUUUAGGAGGUCGGCAAAGAUGGCAAUACGAUUCGGUACACAAUCACCUAGUGAGCAAUGCAAAGUGUUUGGAAUUCGCAGAUGAACUCAAUAUUUUCCUGAAUGCUUGCAAUGCAACGAAUCGAAAGCAAAGAUGGAUUCUCGAUAACAUUAAUCUGAGUGUAAUGCAAUCAGUACACACAUUCGGAUAGAUAGAUACAGUACGAAUCCUAUCUGAUGAUAGCGGCAGUGAGGUAUUUGAA